AGCCUCGUCGCGCGCCGUAGUGCAUCAACCCGGAAGGUAACGGGUCAUUGUAACACAAGUAUAUACUCGUUUCACUCUUCCCAUUUUGGCUCUUCCAAUUUGCCUAAAUCCUGACGUUUCUGUUUGUCUUUGGAACUUCCACUUACCUAGCAGCGAGCGGUCAAUUUUUGUUGUCAGAGGCAAGUCGGCGUCAUGUUCCUCACCUUAGCGCUGCUGAGGAAAGGCAUCCCCGGGAAGCAGUGGAUCGGAAAGUACCGGCGUCCGCGGGCCGUCACGAUGGCCAUGAAGCGCAACAUGGUGAAGCACCUGGAGCGCGAGGCCGCCAAUGAGUACUGGCUCAGCCGGCCCUUCAUGACCAAGGAGCAGGAGUGGGGCCAUGCCGCCGAGCGCCGACAGCAAAACUGGCAGCGGUUCAAGGAGUCGAAGAUCAGCAAUUUCCCCCAACACAAGAGCAUCGCCGAUCACCUCAGUCACCUGCAGAUCUCCAAGACCUGGUCCAGUUAAGGUCCCGGUUGGACGUCUAAAGACUUUCAUUUCUGUUCAGUGACACUUUGAACCAGGACUGGAAACCUUGUUCUUAGUAGUCCUUCUGACUCAGUAUGGUAAAUAUGUACAUUGAUCCAUUGUAAGCUGUCAAAGGUUUUCCACAUGUAUCAUUUAUAAUAAAUAAUACUGUGCAUCAUCUACAGUACAAA